GUGUCAAAUGUCAGUCAACCUUACCUAACCUAAAAAUCCCAAGGGCAAGGGCUCUUUUUACAAUAAAUCUAAAUUUCUAAGGGAUAAAAUGCCCGAUUGCAGCGGAAAUUACGAAUCGGAAAUCGAGGAGGGCAAAAACAAACGUCCCGUGAAAUGUAAAUUCUGCUCGUCGGUAAUUUUAACCCCCUCAUCGGCAUCUUUCGCUACAUUACAGUUUGACCUACCGUUAAUUAAACAAACAAAAGGGGACCAGACGAGCCCUGAAACUGAGAACACCUCGCUAUUUUGGGCGGUAACAUCCCCGUUUAUAUUUCAUAAUGUGGGGUUCUCAAACACAGUGGGUAACACCAAAUAUUUGACAUGUGCCGAUUGUGAGGCUGGACCGAUCGGUUAUCAUGACAUUCCUAGUCAGAUGAGUUAUGUGGCACUUACUAGGGUCUCUCAUGGGGAGCCUGAAUGAAUGGCGGGUAAAGUUUAAGGUUUUUUUUGUACUGUAACUGUUUUUUUUUUAAAUAAAAAGAUGUUAAAAUCCA